AUGACGCUAACCACAGAAGUCCCAUCAACAUCCAGAGUUAGCGUUACCACACAGCUUACUACCACAGGGAGCGAGGAGCGCAGCACUGCAGACAGCACGCCCAUGCCUACAGUGACAACUACUACUGAGCAAUCCACAUUGGUCACCUUUCCCAUCGUAACUACGGAGACGACGACUCAGAAGCGUAGUACCAUGGCUACAUCAACACCUGAAGUUGCACCAAUGACUACAAGGCACUCAACUGUUGCAACAACGACAAUGUCGACCACAGAAAAUGUCAAAAGCACACCUGCUAUAACAGCAUCAACAGUGCUGACAACAGCCAAAGUUGCAUCGACAUCCACAACUACCCUUAGCCCAAUUACAACAGCAGCGGCGAGCAAUAUGCCGAGCACAACAGACAGCAAACCUGAAACUACAACAUCUACAGUGCUGCCAAUCGAAGACACAUCAACAACAACUACUCUCAGCACAAUGACAACAGCAACAGCGAGCGAGACGCCGAGCACAACAGACAGCACACCUGCCAUCACAACAUCUACAACGCUGACGACAACCGAAGAUGCAUCAACAACCGCAAGUACUCUAAGCACAAUGACAACAGCAACAGCGAGCAAUAUGCCGACCACCUUCGACAGUACAUCUGCCACGUCAAUAUCUACAAUACUGACAACAACCGAAGAUGCAUCAUCAACCACAACUAUCAUCAGCACAAUCACAACAGCAAGUGAUACACCGAGCACCCCAGACAGCACACCUGCCCCAACAAGAUCUACAGUGCUAACGACAAACGAAGAUGAAUCAACAACCGCAAGUACUCUAAGCACAAUGACAACAGCAACAGCGAGCGUGACACCGACCACCAGUGACAGCACAUCUGCGACAGUAACAUCUAAAGUGCUGACAAAAACAUAUGCAUCAACAAUCCCAACUAUCAUCAGUACAAAGACAACAGCAACAUCGAGCGUGACGCCUAGUACCACAGACAGCACACCUGCCACAACAGCAUCUACAGUGCUGACGACAAACGAAGAUGCGUCAACAACCGCAACUAUCCUCAGUACAACAGCAAGAGCGAGCGAGACACUGAGCACCACCGACAGCACACCUGCCCCAACAGCAUCUACAGUGCUGACAACUGAAGACGUGUCAACAACCGCAACUUCCUUCAGUACAAUGACUACAACAGCAGCGAGCGAGACGCCGAGCACAACAGACAGCACACCCGCCGCAACAACAUCUACAGUGCUAACGACAACCGAAGACGCGUCAACAACCGCAACCAUCCUCAGUACAACAGCAAGAGCGAGCGAGACGCUGAGCACAACAGACAGCACACCUGCCACAACAACAUCUACAGUGCUGACAACCGCAGACGCGUCAACAACCACAACUACCUUGAGUGCAAUGACAACAGCAGCAGCGAGCGAGACGCCGAGCACAACAGACAGCACACCUGCCACAACAACAUCUACAGUGCUAACGACAACCGAAGAUACAUCAACAACCGCAAGUACUCUAAGUACAAUGACAACAACAACAGCGAGCGUGACACCGACCACCAGUGACAGCACAUCUGCUACGAUAACAUCUACAGUGCUGACAAAAACAUAUGCAUCAACAGCCCCAACUAUCAUCAGCACACAGGCCGCAGCAAGCUCGAGUGUGACGCCGACCACCACAGACAGCACACCUGCCACAACAGCACCUACAGUGCUGACGACAAUCGAAGACGCGUCAACAACCGCAACCUUCCUCACUACAACAGCAAGACCGAGCGAGAAGCUGAGCUCCACCGACAGCACACCUGUCCCAACAGCAUCUACAGUGCAGACAAGCGAAGAGGCGUCAACAACCGCAACCAUCCUCAGUACAACAGCAAGAGCGAGCGAGACACUGAGCACCACCGACAGCACACCUGCCCCAACAGCAUCGACAGUGCUGACAACCGAAAACGUGUCAACAACCGCAACUUCCUUCAGUACAAUAACAACAACAGCAGCGAGCGAGACGCCGAGCACAACAGACAGCACACCCGCCACAACAACAUCUACAGUGCUAACGACAACCGAAGAUGCAUCAACAAGCACAAGUACUCUAAGCACAAUGACAACAGCAACAGCAAGCGUGACGCCGACCACCAGCUACAGUACAUCUGCCACAAUAACAUCGACAGUGCUGACAACAACAGAAGAUGCAUCAAUAACCCCAAGUAUCAUCAGUACAAAGACAGCAGCAAGAUCGAGCGUGACGCCGAGCACGGCAGACAGCACACCUGCCACAACAGCAUCUACAGUGCUGACGACAACCGAAGACGCGUCAACAACCGCAACCAUCCUCAGUACAACAGCAAGAGCGAGUGAGACACUGAGCAUCACCGACAGCACACCUGCCCCAACAGCAUCUACAAUGCUGACAACCGAAGACGUGUCAACAACCGCAACUACCUUCAGUACAAUGACAACAACAGCAGCGAGCGAGACGCCGAGCACAACAGACAGCACACCUGCCACUACAAAAUCUACAGUGCUAAUGACAACCGAAGAUGCAUCAACAUGCACAAGUACUCUAAACACAAUGACAACAGCAACAGCGAGCGUGACGCCGACCACCAGCGAGAGUACAUCUGCCACAAUAACAUCUACAGUGCUCGCAACAACAGAAGAUGCAUCAAUAACCCCAAGUAUCAUCAGUACAAAGACAACAGCAACAUCCAGCGUGACGCCGAGCACCACAGACAGCACACCUACCACAACAGCAUUUACAGUGCUGACGACAACGGAAGAUGUCUCAACAUCAACAACCGCAAGUACCCUGAGCACAAUGACAACAGCAACAGCGAGGGAGACGCCGUCCACCACCGACAGCACACCUGACACAACAUCUACAGUACUGACAACAAGCGAAGAUGCAUCAACAACCACAAGAUGCGAAGGGUCGCACGCCACACUCAACACGGGACUGGGCGAGUACGACGAGAGCGGCGCGUGGACGCCAAUGAAGUAG